UCAAAGUUCGUAGAGAGGGCGCUUCACCCACCCGCCGGCCGCUCCACAUCCAAACUUAACGAGCUUUUGCUUCUUCGAUCUUUGAUCCUAAAAUUUCGCUAAUAAUGGACGUAAGAAACAACGAGCACCCCAGUAAGGUUCUUUGUGAACUGAACACUCUUCGGGAGCGGGCAGAGCUGACUGACGUGGUUCUGGAGGUGGAAGGGAGAAGUUUCCCAUGCCAUCGCGCCAUCUUGGCAUCGUGCAGUCAAUACUUCCGUGGCAUGUUCACCAGCGGCUAUGCAGAGACCAAACAGGACAGGAUCACCAUCCAGGAUGUGAAUGGGGUAGCCAUGGCAACCAUUCUGGACUACGCCUACACCGGCUGUCUUCAGAUGGAGCCAGACCAGGUCCAGGCUGUGAUGUCUGCAGCCAGACUGCUCCAGUUGGAUUUUGUAGGUCAUAAGACAGCAGAAUACAUGAAGGACCAUUUGGACGUGUCCAACUGUGUAGAUGUGUUGAUGUAUGCUGACAUGCUGGGGGACGUUGCUCUAGUGGAGGCUAGCGAGUGGUACAUUGCAUCCAGGUUCAACCAGGUGGCAUUGCAACCAUCCUUUCUCCAGUUGCCACUUCCAAAGCUCCAGUCAUUGCUCAAGAGGGAUGAUCUAAUGACCAACUCUGAAGACAACGUUGUACAAGCUGCUCUAAGAUGGAUUGAAUUUGACCAAAAGGAACGCUUGCAGCACCUUCCUAAACUUAGCCCGUCCUUCCACCAUUCCUUCAUCGGUUCGAACCAACUUGUAGAACUUGAGAGUAAGUGCCCAUCAACAGACUGCAAGUUGGUGUACAGCAACAGUACAGUCAAGCGUUUAGGACAGACACGAACUACAAUGCAGAUUCUCCUAAAAGAAGGAGACCAUCAGUCCCAGCCAACUGCUCGUUGCUAUGACCCGUCCACAGGCACAUUGUACUCAAUUAAUCUGCCUGACAACCAGGACAGUUUCUCUGUGACAGUGACUACCGAGGAUGAGCUGUACCUUGCAGGGGGCAUACAUGUAAGCCCUGGGCUUGGUACUAGGGAGACUAUCAGGAAGAAGUCAUUUUACCAGUACAACCACCUGCUAAACACCUGGGAGCCAAGGUGUGAGAUGAUCUCACCCAGAGUUAGGUGUGGUCUGGUCUAUCUGAAAGGGUUUAUCUAUGCCAUUGGAGGUGACAAUAAUGAGGAAACAGCAGAAAGGUACAACCCAAUCUGUGACGAGUGGACAUCCAUCCCACCCAUCCCCCACACGAUGUGCUCUGACCUUUGUGCUGUGACACUUGACGACAGCAUCUAUGUUAUCAGUAGGGAAGGCUGCUACUGCUUUAGCCCCACAGAGAACAAGUGGAACAAGACAGCAGACAUGAAUUACCCACCACUGCAUCCCCAAGCUGUCUCACAUCAGGGAAGCAUCUACUGUGUAGACUGUGACAAAGAAUGGGGAGACUCUUCCUCAACUUGUGUAGAAGUGUACAACCCUACAAGUGAUGAGUGGAAGUGCUCAGAGAGUAGCACUUUCACCUUUGACACAGCAACCCUGAUGAUAUAUGAAGAUGCCGUGUACCUCUUCACUGUAGUCAACGAGGCAAUUAUAGUUAAGAUAAUUUAUGUUUUCAAAUACCAUCCAGAGACAGACCAUUGGCAGAUUCAAAUAGGGAACAACAUGCUGGUUCGCGCUGUGAAAGGAUGGUUGGGUUCCGAGAGUAAGAUAGAUUGUCUUACAGCAAGGAUGAUACCGACGUGCCUGGGGAAACCAAUCGCAGACCAGGACAUGUGGCAACUUUCUUAUGGUGGAGGGGGAGUAUGUCCGAGCGAUCAGGACAUAGCUCAGAGGACGAUGAGGAUGACCUCUCGUACCAAGACAGCUACAGUGAUGAUGACAACAAUGAUGAUGACAGCAAUGACGAUGACAGCAAUGACGAUGACAGUAAUGACAAUGACAACAAUGAUGCUGAUGAUAGUAAUGACGAUGACAGCAAUGACAAUGAUUUCAAUGACGAUGACAACAAUGAUGCUGAUGAUAGUAAUGACGAUGACAGCAAUGACAAUGAUUUCAAUGACGAUGACGAUGACAACAAUGAUGCUGAUGAUAGUAAUGACGAUGACAACAAUGACAAUGACAACAAUGAGAGUGGAAGAGACAAUGGUGACAUUUGAGAUGUUUAUGGCAAAAAUCUACUAAAUGUGUCAGCAAUGAUAGGAUCUUAAAACAGCAAAAGAGAAUUUUGAUAUGGUAAAAUGAACACAAACGUGACAUUCUUGAUGUUCCUGACCCCACUACCAGUGAACUAGCCCUCUACUAUUAUAGUGUCUUGUUUGUCUUCUAUAGAAACUAGAGAUGGACGCUGCCCCUAUACACCAAAAGCUCUGGGAAGGAUUUUACACUGUAACUUACAUUUUAUCAUGACUUAUCUAGAUCUAUUUACUUGUGUUGUAGAUCUCACACAAUAGGUGAAAUUUCUGAAUCAUUCACAUGUAGUCAGGCAGCAUCGGUGUGCUGUAAUAUGUUCCAUUUAUUCUACACUUUGUAAGAAUCUACUUUCUAGUACUGAGUAAUUCAUUUCCUGUACAAUAUUGUAAUGGCCAUAAUGUGGAUUGAUGUAUAAUGUAACUUUUACCUUAUAAUCAGUAAAGAGUUGCUGUCAACAAGCUACCUCAGUAGAUAGGUGAAUACAAGAUCAGUGUUUGCUUGUGUGCAGUGAAUACAAGAUCAGUGUUUGCUUGUGUGCAUUGAAGUACCUUUCAGUGUAGAAAGAUAAUAUUGUGUUGAAUCAUGUAUACAUUCCUCUCAAGAGUCAACAUCAAGAAGUAGAGUGCUUGCAUGCUUAGAUUUAUUUCAUUGGGUUGAAAUAAGUACUAGCCUUUCUACAUUUGUUUUAGAUUUAAGAACAUCACCAAUGUCUUAAUUAUGAUUAAAAUGUUAGUAUUAAAUCUUUGCCAUACACACAUGUAUUCUCAUUGAUACUGUUACAGUAACUGUGUGUACAAUGAUCAUGACACAAUAAUAUCUUAAACUCAAUAGGAUUCUUACUCCAUGUAUUUCUACCAUACAUGUUUGUACCUGCUGCAUGUCUAGAUGCUACAUGUAGCCCAGGGUUUGACUUUCUAGUCUGAUGGUUAUUUGUCUGUUUCUCAAAUAAUGAUGUACAUUUUGCAAUACUGUACAUUCAAUUUCUUUGAACAUCAAAUAGUGUUUGCAAAAAGCAAUGUGAAAUUCAAGAUUUCAGAUUUGAUUUACAUGUCUUGGGGGUAACAAAAUGAUGGUGGCUACUCUCUUUGUACAAUGUUAGCAUGUCAGCUUUGGAUCAAAGCAAUAAUCACUGAUGAGAAGAAUUUACAAUAUUAGUUCUGGAAGUGACCAAAACAGUAGAAUAAGUGACAUCAGUAGACUGAUCAGUUUUACUACGAAUGAUGCAGUCACUUCCUUCUGGUUCUGGCUGGCAGAGGAGGGGCUGUAGUGUUGGUUACUGCUGUCACUCCCACCUGUUGUUGCUAUAAACGGAAUGCA